GUCUUGUUAACAGUAGAGCUACGAAGCAGUGUUUUGAAUACAUCAACUUGACUGUUUAUUUUGAUAUUCGUGGUAUCAAAAUUGUUCAGCGAUGAAUUUAGAGUUGCUCGAGUCGUUCGGGCAGAACUAUCCAGAGGAGGCAGAUGGCACUCUGGACUGUAUCAGUAUGGCUCUCACGUGCACUUUUAACCGCUGGGGCACGCUUCUGGCGGUGGGGUGCAACGACGGACGCAUCGUCAUUUGGGACUUCCUGACAAGGGGCAUCGCCAAGAUUAUCAGUGCUCACAUCCAUCCAGUCUGCUCACUAUGUUGGAGUCGAGAUGGGCACAAGCUGGUGAGUGCGUCGACAGAUAACAUAGUGUCCCUGUGGGACGUCCUGACUGGAGACUGUGACCAAAGGUUCCGCUUCCCCUCGCCCAUCCUAAAAUUGCAGUACCACCCCAGAGACUUGGACAAGGUCCUGGUGUGUCCUAUGAAGUCUGCCCCGGUACUGCUGACGCUGUCAGACUCUAAACAUGUGGUUCUGCCCGUGGAUGACGACUCUGACCUGAACGUGGUGGCGGCCUUCGACCGGCGGGGGGAGUACAUCUACACCGGCAACGCCAAGGGAAAGAUUUUGGUGCUGAACACUAACACACAGGAUCUGGUGGCAUCGUUUCGGGUUACGACAGGGACCAGCAACACUACAGCCAUCAAGUCCAUAGAGUUUGCACGAAAGGGCAGUUGUUUCCUCAUCAACACAGCAGACAGAAUCAUCAGGGUGUAUGACGGGAGGGAGAUUCUCACCUGUGGGAGAGAUGGGGAGCCAGAGCCCAUGCAGAAACUACAGGACCUGGUCAACAGAACACCGUGGAAGCGAUGUUGUUUCUCUGGGGAUGGGGAGUACAUCGUGGCUGGUUCAGCCCGGCAGCAUGCUCUGUACAUCUGGGAGAAAAGCAUCGGUAUGGUGAAGAUCCUCCAUGGAACCAGAGGAGAACUACUGCUGGAUGUGGCUUGGCACCCUGUGCGGCCAAUCAUCGCCUCCAUUUCCAGCGGAGUGGUGUCCAUCUGGCUCAGAACCAAGGUGGAAAACUGGAGUGCGUUCGCCCCAGACUUUAAGGAGCUGGAUGAGAACGUGGAGUACGAGGAGAGAGAGUCUGAGUUUGAUAUAGAAGACGAGGAUAAAAGUGAACCUGAACAGACAGGUGCGGAUGCUGCGGAGGAUGAGGAGGUGGAUGUGACCUCUGUUGACCCCAUUGUGGCUUUUUGCAGCAGUGAUGAGGAGCUAGAAGACUUCAAGGCCUUGCUCUACCUGCCCAUCGCUCCAGAGGUAGAGGACCCUGAGGAGAAUCCAUUUGGUCCCCCUCCGGAUGCAGCCGUCCAGACCGCCCCCGCAGAAGAUGGUUCUUCCCACACAGGGGGCGGGGACAAGAAGCAACGCCAGCCAUCCUCAGAAGGAGCUCCUCCCAAAAAGAAGGCCCGUACCACCACCAUCAUCGAACUACAAGGGGUGCCCAGUGAUGAGGUGCACCCCUUACUGGGGGUGAAGGGAGACAGCAAGUCCAAGAAGAAGACGGCAGGGCGGCCGAAAGGCUCCAAAGGUAAAGAGAAAGACUUCCCCUUCAGGCCCAAACCCUACAGGGGGGACAGGGUCUACCCUGACGGAGUGGAAGUGGGAGGAGGGAUGAAGGGCAGAGUGGAGGGGGGCCUUACUGCUGCAGGAAGCCUGGUUUCACAGUCCUACAAACGGCAUGAUAUUGUGGGUCUGGACUGAGCCAGCAUCAUCAUCGCCCCCCGUGGUUCUGAAAGGAGAAGGACAGGCACCUGAACAGUUUUUUUUUUACAUUUUAUUUUUUACUCUCCUAAACUCAAAAGAACAUUUUUGUGACAUCACUCAAGACUCAUUAUGACAUCACAGCCUUCUAUCACUCAGGCUGUUGACUGUGGGGUUUCGUAAACCCACGGGCUGUCUCUUUCUGUGUUGCCAUGGUUACUUGGAUUAUCUCCCUUCUAUCAAAGACUGCUGUAUGAGACCUAAUGAUAUCACAGGUUUGGAUGAGAGUUCUGACUGGUAACUCUAUGCCCCAGCAACAUGGCAGAUUCACACUUUCUCUUUUUGCAGUUUUUGGUACUAGUAACAGAAAUGGACCAAGAGAAGGGUGGCAUGUAGCCUAGUGGUUAAGAGCUUUGGGCCAAUAACUGAAAGGUUGCUGGUUUGAAUCCCCGAGUAGACUA